GAUAAACUUUGUUACUUCGCUAAGCAUACUGAUUUGGCUACGUUGCUUCGCCAUGGGAAGAUAGGAACAAAAAGCUGGUGUUAUAGCGUUUUGCUAAGUUACAAUGGAGUCUUCAGGAAGCGGAGCAGCAGAUGUGCGGCUUAGAUUGCUACCGCUGGCACGCUGGGUCGCCAAUUACAAGCGUACAAAUGGAAAUGCACCAGUUCAGCAGGAUGUUCCCGAAGAACUCGCCCCGCUUUGGAUGGAGUUCCUGGCUUCCAAAUCCGCAUUGGCCCAAGCCAGCGCGCCCACAUCCGCGGUCUCGCAACCUCAAUCCCAACCCCAGCGUCAGCAGCAGCCGCACCCCGGGCAAGAUGAGGAGGAAGACCACCGCAACAGUCCCAUCGGCGCAGCAGUUCUCUCCCCCAGUCGCAGAGCUGCUAGGCCCAUUGUCGCCCGCGCCUUGCGCCACGCUCACACCGCCACCGCUGCUGUGGCACGUGCUGCCAGCAACGCCGCUGCCGCCGGCGACGCAUCUACCACCUCUCCUUCUCCCUUAAACUGCUCUCCAGAAAGACAGACUAGCCCGCAGGCAGAUAAGGAAAACCGGAACACAACACUUACAGCAUCUUUGGUAACAGCAGCAGCAGGAGGAGCUGCGGGAGGAGCAGCAGCAGGGGCCGGAAGCGGCGUAAAAGCCAAGUCGGAUGACCAGCUGUUGAUGCCGCCGCCGCAGCACACGCCGGCUCGUGGCCGGGUCGCCUCUCGGACGGGUGGCGGCGGUGGUGGUGGCCGCGUUGGGCUGUUUGGCACACCGGGCAAGCAGCCAGCGGGUGGCGGCGGCGGCCCCGUGUACGGAGGCGACGGCGAUGAUGAUGACGAAAUGGACGAGCUGCCGCCGACGCCGCUGUCGCAAGUACGGAAAUCAGCCCCAAGGGCGGCCCGGGGCGGCCUGUUUUCCCCUCCCCGAC